CGUUUUCAAUUUGUCGAGUUGUUUUGGUAGACCAUGCAUUUGGGGUGUUUUGUGAGCGUUUUUGAGGGUUUAACAAACACUUCUCAAGGAAUUUAAACAAACGAAACAUUUUACAAAGCUAUUGUAAUGCUGAAAGCAGAGGAUCAAGAUGAAGACUGCGUGAAAAAUGGCUAUGACUUCUUGAAGUCAAGCUUGUCUGGUAUUAUCACCCCGGAUACACGUUCCAGAAUAGAUUCUUUGAUCCAGGAGGUCGCCUCGCUGAAGGAUGUUGAGAAACUGCUCUUUUGUCUGCUACUUCCUGUGGAGAGUAGUCAUUGUCUCAGUAACACAUCAUUUGCUCUUGCUGGUGACGAUCUGGAUGUAUCAUCAGGCUAUGAUGUCAAUGCACUGGGUGUUGGGCUGUUUUCACCAAACGCUCAGUCUUCCCUUCAUUUGUCCAAUCAAGUUGAGCAAAGCCAAGCUUAUACCUGGAUUAUGUCCCACCUUGAAGAGGAUCCCGCAACAUGUUUGAGGAAGGAUGAGGUUUACGAUGAUUACAGGGCAUAUUGUGAAAAGCAUCAUAUGAAGACUCUAAACACAGCAGACUUUGGAAAGGUUAUGAAGCGCGCAUUUCCAAAUGUAAAGCCUCGGCGUUUAGGCCAGCGAGGCCAAUCGCGGUAUUGUUAUGGGGGCAUGCGUAAAAAGACUGAAAUACAACCACCAUUUCUACCUGAUCUCACCAAUGAGGCCCUUGGAAUUACGUUUCAAAAUAUAACUGGUCGGUCUACUACGUCACCUGGCAGUAGUUCUGGGGGGAGUUAUGAGGCAGGUUCUCAGAGGAAUAUGUCAUCCAGUAGCCCACUAAUUCGCCUCUUAAAGUCUAAUGGGUCUGAUGUUGAUUCGAGCAGUUGGGCUGAUGAUCCAUCCAUACGAUCUGCUUUGGGAAUUCGUGGUUCUGUCGUGGCUGAUGUGGCCCAUAUUCUUCUGGAAUACGCUCACCAAGUAUUUGGAGUACAAUUCAAAUCGUUGUUUCAACUUGCACAACACUUAGUUGCAAACCGUUAUGUUAACUCCAGAUCAAAGCAUGCUUUUGCCCUAAUCGCUCAUGCAGCUAACCCUCCUGUGUCGUUUUCACCACCACCCUCCACAGCCCUUGCUGAAGUUCUUCAAAAAGGCGCUGUGAAGUCAGCAUUUGGUAAAAUCCGAAAUGGACGUCAGAAUUCAGCGACUAGUGAUGCAUCAUCUUAUAAAGCGGAAUGUGCAAAGAAUGAAGGUUUCCAUACACCUGGAACUACUAAUAAUGGCUCUCUGGUCACCGCAAUUCCCCGAUCAGCUUUAUCAGAUAACAGGCAUGUGAAUCUUGCCACAUCUAACUCAAAUAAUAUGCAUAGUCAUGGGAUGCAGUCACUUGCUGUAUCUUCUGCUGCUGAUAACAUUUCUGUUCAAAUGCCUCAUUGCACCACUCCCCAACGUAGCAAUGCCAACAGAUUAUAUGAGCCAAAUGCUAGUGGUGUAGGCUCAUACACUGCUGCCGCUUUGGCAUCGCCCUCUGCAUUACAAUCUUCCAAUCAGCAUUUAUCAAAUUACUCCUUCAAUUUUACUCAGAACCUUCGCAAUAACUCCAUCAACCAUUCUUAUCCUCAUAGUGGUGCUUCUGGUCUGUCACAUCCUUCUGCAGCAAUGGCUUUGGCCGCGGCAGCUGCUGUUGCGGCACAUCAGAAACAGCAGUCUAGUGUGUCAAAUUUCUCUCCUUGUGUUUUAGGGUCUAGUUUUCCGUCACCACUUGGCACAGUCACUGGCCCUGUAUCACCGUCUGUAGAUUCACGACACAUUACUGCCAAAUCUAAUAUUUCUACGCCUCCAGCCGCUCACAGGGACACACAUUCCAGAAUUUUGGGAACAUCUACGCCAACUACUCAGUCGGAAUCAGUUUAUACGAACUUGAGUAGCUAUCAUUCUCCGAUUACAGGCAGCUCUAUGUAUGCUGCCCAUCAACACACUUCUCCGUAUCCAAGAUCCCAACAGCCCCCUGCCCCACUUCCACCAGGCAUUGGUGCACGUAGUCCGUAUGCUCAAGUUUCACACCUUUCUGUUACAAGCACAGACUCAAAUCAAACAGGAUUCAAACGGAAUAUUCCACCGCAUCCUGGAGAAGCUCCAGGUGCAUACGAACCAUCGCCACGAUUUCACUUGGGUGGUCAAAGUCCAAGCAAGCGUGCUCGUUAUUUGUCAACAACUUCUGGAUCCAGUAAUAACUCGUUGUCAACAGAUGGUCCGCCACUCAGCGGAGGAAGUUGUCCGGACGGUAGUGAACGAUAUUCUGAGCAAGUAACACCUGGUCUCAAUCACAGUACCUCUUUAGCUGUACCCUCACCUUCUAGCAGUGGCAGCGGUUCAUCUAAUGCUCCUCAUAUUCAAACAAAUCCGACAGGAUACUCCGGACCAUGUGCAACUCCACGCCAAUAUGGUGUUACUACUCUUGAUCAAUCACCAUCUUUACCCUCUCCAUACUAUCCUGGUCGUUAUGAAGGACUAGAAAUGCAUAGUCCUGCACCACCACCACAUGGCCAUAUGAGGUCUCAUCAUCCUUCAAGUAGUACCGGUUCGUCCAGCUCACCAUGGAGUGUUCCUGGGUUGUUGCCAUCUGCAAAUAAAAUGAAUACGUUUGAACAACAACCUGAUUAUGUAGUGAAUUCUAGAUGUCAAAAUUAUAACUCCAAUCUUUCUGUUUCAACCUCAGAACACCCUAUUAUUCCAACUGUAUUUCGACCUCCAAUUACUCCAUUCACGUUAGAGUUAGAGAAUGAAGACGAUGUUGAAAGCUUGCCUCGUUUGGGUACUUCACCAGGUCCACAAAUCCCUCCAAGUUCACCUACUGAGUUUUUACCAUUUUAUUCUGAAGCUGCUAACAAAUCUGCUCAGGCUCAACUUCGACAGAAACAGUUUAGUGAACUCACCCCUAGAGUUCAUAAUACACCAGACAGCGAAGAUCGUGGAACUAAUUCGGAUAAUAGUUCUCCACGUAUGAUGGUUAUGAAAAGGGAUCAGUCAGAUAUUCGACAUAAUCCUCGGAUAAGUUCGACUGAAUUCGUUGCACCGCCGAUGGCGAAUGCUAUUCCACAAUCUGAUGAACUUUUAUCGCCAAGUUCAUCAGAUUCAAAUGAUCGUACGCUAACUAUCCUGGAUAAUUUGGGAGAAGUGAACACACCACCAAUGCCAGAUGGUUUGGCUGAUGCACCAUCUCCAAGUGAAGCAAUGAAAGAAAAUUCACUUGUUCGAAAACGUGAAGAAUUGCAGCAUGAAUUAAGUACCCCUGGUCCUUCUGAUCGUAAUAGAUCACCUUGUCCAAACAACUCAGGCUCAGUUCAGUGUUCAAAUUCAACAGAUGUGAGUAUCACGGCAUUCUAACUUCCAUUCUUGGUUCACCCACUCACUCGCAUUAAACAUUCGCAUUUACUUGAUUUCCCUUUUAUAAAUAACCGCAUUAUUUCGUAGAUGAGCACAAACUUGGUC